AUGGCCGACUCAGCAGAGCAGCCAAUUCCUCCCGAUGAGAACAGGGGCCCUGAAAUCCUCGCUGUGUGCGGGUCCCUGGUGGGCAUUGCUCUUUUUGUGGUGGUGCUGCGCAUCUGGGUGAGAGCGAAGAUUGUCCGCCACGUUGGUGCCGACGACUGGACCAUCAUCGCCGCCAUGCUGGUCAUGUUCGUCGAGAUGAUGGUCAUCAUUCCGCAAGUCCAGGUCGGCGGCGGCCGCCACGUCCAGUACAUCCAGCCACCCGAAAACGUCGUCAAGGGACUCCAUCUCAACUUCGUCACCCAGCCUCUAUGCCUGAUCUCCCUCUGCUUCACAAAGGUCAGCGUCGGCCUCUUCCUACUCCGUCUCACACCGUCGCGUAACUUCCGGUACAUCGUCAUUGGCAUGAUCGUUUUCACCAUCAUGUCGCACACCGGAAACCUAUUGACCGUUUUCUUCCAAUGCCGGCCCCUGGCACUUGCUUGGGACUCGUCGGUAAAGGGAGAAUGCAUCCCGCCAUCGCACCUCAAAUUUGCCGCCUUCUUCAACUCGGCAGUAGCAGCCUUGACUGACGUCGUCUUUGCUCUUCUCCCGGUGCCCAUUCUUUGGAACGUGCAGAUGAAUUGGAAGGUCAAGUCAGCUGUGGCCGGCAUUCUGUCGCUGGGCAUCUUCGCUGCCGCCUCGGCCAUUGUCAAGAUUACCUUCCUCGAAAGCUACGGCAAGCACGGCGAUUUCUUGUGGGACAGCGUCGACAUCACCAUCUGGACGACCGUCGAAAUCAACAUCGCCAUUAUCGCCGCCUCCUUCCCCUGUCUCAAACCUAUCUUCAAGACCCUGCUUGAAGGCACAUCUGCUGCUGCCCGAUACGGCUCCAAGUACAAGGGCUACGUCCGCAACGGCGACACUAGCGGCACCGGCAACCCCAGGUCAGCGGCCAGAGCGGGCCCGAGGAGCGCGACGGCACCCGAGUUCGAGAUGUACAACCAGGCCACGGGCAAGUUCACCACUGAUGUCAAGACGGGCAGGUCGUCCAUGACCGGCUCUGAGGAGAGCAUUCUGCCGCAGGAUUUGAAGACGCCGCCAGCAGCAGCGGCAGCAGCAGGCAAAUCUGAUGGGAUCACCAAGACGAGCACCGUCUUUGUCACAUAUGACAAGCGUCGGCGCUCGGGUGGUUGGGAGAGGGAAUAA